AUGACGAGCUUCCCAAGUGCAUUGCUGGCAAUCUUCCUCAGUUUGACCUUUGACCACGUCGAGGCAUUCUGGCGUAUGCGAUGUGGUACCGUCCAAGUUGGACGAGUUGAUCCCAUUGUUUCGCCUGGCGGUGUUGCAGGUCACUGCCACACCAUCGCCGGGCCUAACAAUAUCAAUACUACUUCAACAUUCGACGACCUCCAAGCCGCCUUCUGCACCUCUUGCGAAGUCCAAGCAGACAAGAGCGCAUACUGGACUCCUAAUUUGUACUACCGUUACCCUAAUGGAUCCUUUGCGGAAGUCCCCCAUGAUGGCACAGUCGCGUAUUACUUGGAUCGUGGGGUGGAUGUCCCCAACAUGAAACCUUUCCCGCCUGGUUUCCGAAUGCUUUCGGGGGAUGCCGCCGCCAGAGUCUACGAUCCUAACACUCUUACUUGGGGCAAUAAGACUUUCGGUCCGACUCCAAUCUCAAAGAGAGCCAGCUUCGCGUGUCUUGACAGCAGUGGUCCUAUACCCGAAACUCCAGGCCUCAAUAUCACAUCUUGCGACAAUGGUCUCCGAGCGCAGAUUCAUUUCCAAAGUUGCUGGGACGGUGUCAAUUUAUACAAAUCAGACCAAAGUCAUGUUGCUUAUUUGUCCGGUAUGGACAAUGGUGUUUGCCCUCCCGGCUACCCUGUUCUUCUACCUCAUAUCUUCCUUGAGAUCAUCUACUUCCCCAACUCUGUCGCAAAGAAGGGCGAUGGAGGCAUAUUUGUCUUCUCCCAAGGCGAUACCACUGGCUAUGGCUUCCACGGCGACUUCCUGAAUGGAUGGGACCCCCAGGUUCAGAUCGACUCAAUCAAGCAAUGCAUGGGACCUGGGGCUACCAAUAACGGCGCCAUUGGCGCCUGUCCGCCUCUCGCUGCUUCCGAGGACCCCUUUUUCAACCAGAAUUGCCCUGAGCAACCGGCCGUCGUGAACGAGGCUGUCCAUGGCUUGAUCCCCCUUCUACCAGGCUGUAACCCUCCAACUGGUGGACCUCUCCGCGCCGCUCAGAACAUCUGCCCUGUCCAGCCGUCCGUCGAUGUCAUCGACAAUCAAGACUACAAGAACCGAUCGGUCGCAACAGUUGGCCAAAAGAUCGGCAAUUGGCAGUACAUGGGGUGCGCGUUUGACAAGUCCACACCUCGUCCCCUGGCCGGCAAAUCUUACUAUGAUACAACCGGCAUGACCAUAGAAACGUGCACUGCAUUCUGCAAGCAAAACGGCUAUGCCAUGGCUGGAAUGGAGGCAUCGUCGCAGUGUUACUGUGGUAGUGCCUUGAGCCAGCUCAUUCAGGACCCCUUGACUUGCGCCGCGCAGAACUACUACGUGUGCUCGGGCAACUUGUUUGAGUACUGCGGCGGGCAACAGCUGAUGCAAAUCUGGAACGACACCACUUACACUGGACCUACACUCAAGGGUCUUCCUAUCGCAGGCCAAUCGAAGUUGCCAUUACUCGACGGCAGCACCGCGACGUAUCAAGGUUGCUAUACAGAAGGCGUGGGUGCAAAGGCACUCCCCGGAUCGAAGUACUCGAAUAGUACGGGGAUGUCGCUGGAAAAUUGUGCCGCGUUUUGCCAAAAGGGCAACUACGCGCUGUUUGGGACCGAAUAUGCGCAAGAGUGCUACUGCGGCAACAGCAUCACAACCUCUCAAGUGCUCCAGAGCAACUGUUCGGCCAUUUGUACCGGCGACAACACGGAGUUCUGCGGCGGCAACUCUAGACUUUCCGUCUGGGCUCUGUCAAGCUACGUGCCUCCGACGACGUCAAGCGGCGGCCCAUCUUCGCCCACGGCGUCAGCGUCUCCGUCCCCUGCAGCGACGGGCAUCACGUACCUGAACUGCGUGAGCGAGACAUCCCCCAACCGCGCCCUCAACGGAAGCUACACGUCCAGCGGCAGCAUGACGGUCGACCAGUGCGCGUUCACCGCGCAGGGUCUGAACCUGGCGUACUUUGGUCUCGAGUACGCAAGCCAGUGUAUCGCCGGCAACGUGCUCAACAGCGGCUCUGGCGUUCUCAACCCGAGCAAGUGCAACAUGAAUUGCGCAGGAAACAACACCCAGACGUGCGGCGGAUCGAACGCCAUCUCCUUGUACAACAACACACUGUACGUCAAGGCGACGAACCCUGACCCCGUCACCGUCCCCAACCAGCCCGGCACCCAGUACGGGUACGUGGGGUGCUACAGCGAGCCGGCCGGCGCCAGAGCCCUGGGCCCCAAUGCGCAGUUCGGCAGUACGCAAACCACGCUGAGUACGCUGACCGUCGAGGCGUGUGCGGCCUACUGUUUCGGCAAGGGCUAUUCGUGGAUGGGCGUCGAGAACGGCAACCAGUGCUUCUGUAACGGCGCGGGUAUCAUCAAUGGCGCGGCGCAGUCUGCUGGCGGUGACGCGGACUGUGGCACGGGAUGUCAGGGCAACCCGAAGGAGAAUUGUGGCGGGAAUGCAAAGAUCAACAUCUACCAGUUGAAGAGCGGUAGCAAGAGGAGAGCCAGAAGGACGUGGUAA